AUGAGCCAAUUUAAGCAAAGAAGCGAAAUGAAUAAGACCACUGAUUCAUGGACAGACAAUUAUGAUGAACUUGUAAAUGACAAAAGCGUUCAUACUAAUUAAUUGAAAACAUUCACUCCUGUUAACACUCUCAUCAAAAAAUAAGAAGUUAUUCACAUACCAAUAAACCCUUCCUCCUUCAAAAAAGAGCAAUAAGAGCAUCCUUUACAAGCAAACAGACCAAUAAUUAAUCUAGCUUCAAGAGAGAAUGAAACUACUCAAUUAAACUUAUAGGGACCUCCAUAAACUCCAAAUAUGAUUCAAAGCAACUAAGCUAUUUAAAGAUCAGCAACAAUGUUGAAUUAGCAAAACUCAUAAAUUUCAGAGCAAGCAAAUGCUUAUUUAAAGGAAAUAGAAUUAAAGAAUCAAAACAAGUACUUUUAGUAAAGAGAAGAGCUAGACAACCUCAAAUAUUUAAGUAUAAUUUACAACGUUAACUCAGUAGUCAAUAAAGAUUUUUAGAGCAAUGUUAAGCACAAUCAGAUUUAAAAAGAAAUAUUGAAUGCUUCAAUAGAUGGAUUAAAGAUAUAAAAUAGAAUUUUAGCUAAUAGAAAUUUAGUGUAGACUUAAGUUAAUAUAUAGGGAGCUUAGAAGUAAGCAGAAAAAAUUAAGAUAGAGAGACCUUACAAAAAUAUACUCACUUCCCUCUAUUUUGAUAAAACACCCAAAUAGUAGCUAUUGGUAGUUGAAUUUGUAAAUAUGGGAUAAACCAAUAAUUUAAAUCUAUUGGAGAAAAAUGGAGGAGUGAUAACAAAUUCAGGUCCUGCUGCUAUAAUAAAUUCAAUCCAAAACACUAAUGGAUUAACAUAUAGUUAGAGAACUGCAGAUGCCAGUAGCUUUUUCUUGAAUUUCAAAGCUUUUCCUACUCUUUAUCACUUAAAUUUUGAAACAAACAGGGAUCCCUGUCCUUUUAUUGCUAUAGACAGAAUACAAGGAAGACAUUUUAUUUAUAAUAACGAUGAUAAGAUUAUGGUUUUUAGCCAUGAACCUAUUUCUAAUCCUAUAAAUGAUAAAAGUAAACCUCUUUUAAUGAUGAGUUUAGAUGAUAAGCUUGAUGAUUUGUUAGCUUAGAGAGCUAAUGGUGGAGAUGUUGGCGAAUCAUAACAAAACCCUUUAACAUCAGGAUUACUAGCAAUAUCUGGUAGUGCUCGUAUUAAUCCGACACUGUAAAUCAUCACAGAUUAGAGAGGUAAUAGUGCUCUUCUUGUAAUAGGAGGAUAUGUAGAUAUGGGAAAUGGCUCAUUCUAGCCAAAAACAAAUAUUAAAGUAUUCAAUAUUGGAAAAAGAAAAAUUGACAUCAAACCAGCAUUCUAAAUUUAAAUGAGACAUCCUCGAAUAAAUCCAAUAGUUAUGAGAGUAAAGCAAAGUCACUGCAAAGAUGCAAAAGUAAGUAUAACAGAAGACAAAAAAUUUCUUUUAUUACUCGGAGGGGCUAAUCCUGAAAUCAUAGAUAACAGAAAGGUUUAUGUUGAUACAAAUACUUGUUGUAGUGUAAUAGAGUACGAAAAUAUAUUUAAAUAGCUGGAGCGUAGGGACACCACUUAACUUGAAAUAUCGUAAACACUCAAAGUUUUUUACAACGAUCAAGAGGCUGGUAAAAGCCUAGAAAAGGUAGCAUAAUAUCUGUCCAGAGGUGUCUUCAUUCAUUAAAAAAGUAAAAAAAACCUAGACAUGCAUAAUAAAAUGUUUAUUCUAACUGAAAAGAAGAAAUAAUUGCUUAAUGUUCAUUCCAUAUCACUGUCUGAAAACUUCGUCAAUAUUUUUGAUAUAUAAAUUGAUAUAAAAACAGAAAAUCAGUGGAGCUAUACAAACACCUGUAUAAUUGACAAUUUCAUUAUGUAUAUUUCUCCUUAAUAGUUUUAUCCUACAGUUAUUGAUACCAAUACUAAGCACUCUAAGUAAAUGAACACAGAAGAAAUUGUUGAAUUUAACAGUAAGAAAUAAGAAUUUUUUGACUCUACUAAGCCAAAGUAAAGCAAAACAGCCUGUUCAUGUAAUAUAUAUUGA